GCCGUGUGCACCAAGAAAUAUGGAGCAGAAUUUUGCACGAAACUCAAGAACUCGUGCUUCGAGAUACUCAAAGUGAAGGCGACCGAUGGACCUCUACCAGUGUCAAUUUCCAUCUGUAUCAGCUCAGAGAAUUGGCUCGCACAGUGCUAUGCCAAAUACGGUUCGAAACGAUGCAGUGAGUGGCGUGAGAUCUGCCGAGAUAGAUACUCAAAGACCAGUGAUUUGACCGAGUCUGAGAAGGAAUGUGUGAAGAGCCAUAACGCAGUCAUUCUAUGCCGUGCUAAACAUGGAAACGUUUUCUGUGAGAAACUGGCCGCAUCAUGCUCAAUGGUGCUGCGCCUACCAGCUCCAAGACUGCGAGCUCAUUUUAUUUUCAGUAUGCCCGCUAAACUUUCGGACUAGAACUACGGUGCCAUGCUGUCCGUGGAAUUCGGCUUUAGCAGAGUACAAACUUGGAUGCAGACUUGUAAGGUCAGCAUUACAACAGGCACUGUGACAACGGUUGAGAAGCAAUGCAUCGAGAAAUGUAAGUGCCCAAAUGAUGAUUAUUCAGUUUUACGCGAUGCGCCCACUCGAGAAACCAAAAGAAUGCGGGAUCCAAAUUUUUUGGAUUCUCCAAUUCAUUAA